AAUAAACUUCUCUCUCCUCUCUCUACUCGUCGAGACUUUUUUUUGCAGUUCAACAUUUAUUUGAACAUCUCUUUCAAGAACAUUCUUGAUUUUGCUCUUUCUUACCCCUAUUUCCUUUCUAGCUGUAAUAAUUUAUUUCCAAACCAAAAGGGUUUUCUUCUUCUUCUUCAUCCAAGACUUCACAUUUACAGUUUCUCUUUGAUGGGUGGAUCUGGGAAUUGGGUGAAAGCUUUAAUAGGGCAGAAAAAGGAAAAUCAUGUGAAGACAGAAGGGGGUAAGAUUGGAAAAUGGAAGCUAUGGAAGAAUGCAUCAGGAGAAAAAGGGAAGAAAGGGUUAUCGCCGGAAUCAUCAAAGAAUGUAAAGGCGAAUACUUUCACGGCCGCCGUGGCUACGGUGGUUCGAGCUGGUGCUAAAGAUUUCAGAGUUGUGAAGAAAGAAUGGGCUUCUAUUAGAAUCCAAACUGCAUUCCGUGGAUUCUUGGCAAGAAGAGCUUUAAGGGCAUUGAAAGGAUUGGUUAGACUUCAAGCAAUUGUUCGAGGAAGACAAGUGAGGAAACAGGCUGCGGUUACUCUUCGAUGCAUGCAAGCUUUGGUUCGGGUUCAGGCUCGAGUCAGAGCUCGUAAUGUUCGAAUGUCUCUUGAAGGUCAGGCGGUUCGAGAACUUUUGACUGAUCGUCAGAACAAGGAUGAUCCUCUUAAACAGGCUGAGGAAGGGUGGUGUGAUAGAAGAGGAACACUAGAAGAAGUAAAAUCAAAGUUGCAUAUGAGACAAGAAGGAGCUUUAAGGAGGGAAAGAGCACUUGCUUAUUAUUCUCUUGCUCAAAAGCAAUUGAAAUCAACUCAGAAUCUAGAUUCAAAAUCUAUUCAAAUGGGGACAAUCGAUAAGAACAGUUGGGGAUGGAGUUGGUUAGAACGUUGGAUGGCUGCAAAACCAUGGGAGAACAGGUUAAUGGAAGGAGGAAUGAAAGCAAAUUCUUCAGAUACAACCACAACUCCUGCUACCAAACUUGAGCGUCCCACGAAGAAAUCUGCUGAACAGUCUGUUGGUUCGGUUAGAAUCAGAAAGAACAAUGUCACAACAAGGAUUUCAGCCAGGCCUCCAAUGAUGCAAGGGCCAACUCGUUCAUCUUCGAGCCCUAGCUCUGAAUUUGUAAUUGAUUGGAGUUCGAAUUCUCCUUCUUCCAUUACUCCAAGCUCUGGAAAGAAUUUGAAUUUGGGUUUGGAUAGAAAUGAAGAUGGAAAAGGAUAUAGGCCACCGAGUUAUAUGAACAUGACUGCUGCGUGGAAGGCGAAACAGAGAAAUUUGACGAGCAGAGGUCAGAGACAACAGUCGAUGGAUGAGAGUCAGUUUCUGAAGAAAUCUUCUGGGGGUUUCUGUAAUGUGGAUUGUUGAUUCAUGAUCAUCAUCAAAUGGUGGGAUUUUAGACUUUUAGUUGGUGUUCUUGGAGGGGGGAGUGUGUAUGCUAAUUUCUUGUGGAAAAUGGUUUGAUUUACAAUUUCAAUUUUGUUGUUGUUGAGUUUGAAGACAAUUAAUUAAGUGGAGUUUAAAAAAUGUUUGUAA